GUCAUGACACAGAGCUGAACAGUAGAAAGCCCCAAAGGAUCUGCUGUGUUUCGGUGCGUGUCCUCAUUCGAUUAAGAGCCAUAAAAAGCAGUUCUAAAUUUAUACUCCAUAGCCUGCUGUGCUGCAGCUGCUGACUUGUUUUCAGUCUUCAAUUUUUAAUGAUCAUUCAUCCUUGUUGCAAAAAUGUCCACAAUUGGGGAGGUCAUCAAGUGUAAAGCAGCAGUGGCCUGGGAGCCCAACAAGCCUGUGGUUAUUGAGGAGAUUGAAGUAGCACCCCCACAGGAAAAUGAGGUUCGCAUUAAGAUUGUGGCGACGUCUGUGUGUCACUCAGACCUGUACCACUUGUUUGAGUAUAUGCAUCCAGAGGGCUUCCCAACUGUACUCGGACACGAGGCGGCCGGCGUCGUAGAGAGUGUCGGACCUGGAGUCACAGAGUUUCAGCCAGGAGACAAAGUGAUUCCUGUUUUCCUCGGUCAGUGCAGAGAAUGUCGUUUUUGUAAAAGUCCCAAGACCAACCAAUGUGAACUUGCAUGGACCAGGGUCAGUGACGUAAUACUGGCCUCUGUGGAAUCUCGAUUUACCUGCAAAGGUAAGAAGGUGCUGCAGUUCAUGGGGACCAGCACCUUCUCGGAGUACACCGUGGUUCACCAGAGUGCCGUGGCCAAGAUCGACCCUGCUGCUCCUCUGGACAAAGUCUGCGUCCUCGGAUGUGGGAUCUGCACUGGUUAUGGAGCAGCAGUGAAUGUUGCAAAGGUUGAGCUGGGCUCCACGUGUGCAGUCUUUGGUCUGGGAGCUGUGGGUUUAGCUGCAGUUAUGGGCUGCAAAGAUGCAGGAGCCACAAGGAUCAUCGCCGUUGACAUCAACUCAGAGAAAGCUGAGAAGGCCAAAGUAUUUGGUGCAACUGACUUUGUGAAUCCUAAAGAUCAUAACAAACCCAUCAAUCAAGUCCUGGCAGAGAUGACCAACGGGGGCGUGGACUACUCCUUGGAAUGUGUUGGAAAAGUGGAAGUCAUGCGUACUGCAUUAGAGUCCUGCAUAAAAGCCUGGGGUGUCUCUGUGAUUGUUGGUUGGACGGAUGUCUAUAACGUCUCAGUCAAACCUCUGAGCCUCCUUUGUGGACGUACUUGGAAAGGUUGCAUGUUUGGCGGUUUCAAAAGUAAAGACGGAGUAGCUCAGAUGGUUAAAGAAUACCUGGAUAAGAAGUUGAUGGUGGAUGAAUUCAUUACUCACAACAUGACUCUGGACCAGAUCAAUGAUGCCAUUGGGCUGAUGAAGGACUGUAAAUGCAUCCGGACUGUGAUAACUUUGUCUCCACAGUAAUCCAACUUUGUGGAGCUCAUGUGGCUCAAGUCACUGGAUCAUGAAGCACUCUGCAUAUGAAGACAAGCAGGAAUCUUUCAAUGAGUUAUGUCCAGAUAAUGGUCAUAAGUGGAAACUUCAAUUUAAGAUUAGUAAAAAAAGUAACUAAAAACUUCAA